AUGUACGCCCGCGCCAAGCUGCCAGCUUUUUCUGCUUGGGAGGCCGUGCUGUCUGGUGCACAGGGGAGCAGACUGGCCUCGGCGGCACUCAACGUUUUCGGCUUCGGCCACAACCCGUCCUUCUGGAUGGGAGCGUUUGAAGAGGCCAACACACUUCUUGAUCGAUACGCGCAGCAGGUCUUCUGGCUCCACGCCACCAGGCUUGGCCACACGGAUGCGAGCGUGCGCGCCUGCGGUCGGACGGCAGGUGCGGAAUACUGGGUGCAGCGAAGGGGCCCUGAGCAGCCGCUGCACGAGCGAGGGAUGGAUUGGCACUUUGACAAGGACGAGGACUUGCUUGACCAAAAGGAUGUCGUGGUAAUGCCGACGGUGGGAACGGUGACCUACUUGAGUAGUGUGGGUGCACCGCUUGUCGUUCUGUCGCAGCCGAUGCUGGAUGGACGCGGCUUUCUGCUGCCAUUUUCGGCCAGUCAGGUCACUAUGUUCCUCACCCGUCCCGUCUUCGGCAGGCAUGUGGCCUUCGAUGGUCAACUGCUUCACGGAUGCCCAGCGGCUCUUGCUGAAGCAGGUGAGAGACUGUCUCUGGUCGUGAAUAUCUGGUUUGAGCACAAGCCGCUCGGAGUAUCCACGACAGGCCCAGGAAGCUCGAAUUCCAAGCUGCCAGUCGAGGCCGAGGAAGUCUUCUCGACGGCUACACCUCUCAGACCAAUCGACCAAGAGGUGCCUCGAUCCGGCAAGAAACUCACGGUCGACUUUGGACCUUGGCGUGUUGCAACGUAG